UGGAACGUGCUGAGCCACAACAGGAACUCCUGUAAGACUUUUCUUAUUGAUUUAUAUUUUAAAAUACAUGUCCUAAGGGCUUCAUAAAAAUGGACAUGGAAACCUAGAACAAAUGCUGAACAGGAUUAGGUUUUAGAGUUCGUUAAAUAGAAGAAACCAAAUUCAAAUGCUCAAGAAUAGAAUGCAACAUAAAGAUAAGAAGUUUCAAUACUGAAUUACAUCAAAUUUUCUGCAUAUACUGAGGUGAUCAUUUGAUUUUUCUUCUUUAGUUUGUUAACAUGAUAUGUAAUAAACAUUGAUUUUUUUGAAUGUGAAAACAACCUUGCCCUCAUGAAAGAAACUUUCUUUAAUGGCUUUUGCGUCCAUUGCCAUUUCCCCAGGAACUUUCAUUUCUUCAUUGGUAGCAGUGCUAGAGGACCCUCAUCCUCUUGAAUUCCUUCCCCCUUGCUAGAAUUAAAUGUGUUGCAAUCCAGACAUCAGCAUUGGGUUUCAUAGCAGAGGAUGCUGAGACCAAAGAAAGGGGCAAACUGGAAGACUGUGGAGGAGGUCAUGGCAUAUCUGGUAACAGGGCCAGGAACCUUUCAUUGCAGGAAAAGUCACAUUUCCCUCAUAAACACAGACACAUAACUCAGAAAAAUAUCAUCAGCAAAACAGCAUAGUGAAAAUGAGAAUAUUUUUGAUACUAAAUUAAACACUUAAACAUGAUUUUGGUGACUACUAAGAAUUAUUCCAUGAUCAAAAAUUGGCAUAAAUUAGAAGUAAAUAUUCCAGCAUGAAGUAAUAAGAGCAACAUAUACAAGACCCCUUUUGGUAAAACCAAGACUAUCUUUUUAUCAAUUAAAAUACUGUCUUUCCAUAAUCUAUGUCUGUGUAUAUGAAAUUAUCCAGUAACUACAAAUUUGAAUAUCCAAGCAUUCAUAUGUACCAAGGAGUUUAGAGAAUUAAUCAUUUAUACUCAUGAAGUGACGCCCAAGACACCCUUUUCCAUUAAUUUGCUAAAGGUGCACACAGAAUUCAAGGAAAUACUUCUAUUUACCAGCUUAUUAAAGGAUAUGACAAAAGAUACAAAUGAACAGCCAGAUGAAGAGUUACACAGUGUGAUGUCUGAGAGAGGUUCAAGCUCAGGAGUUUCUAUCCCCAUGGAGUUGGGGUAUUCAUCCACCUGGAAGCUCUCUGAAUUCUUACUUGGGGAUUUUUUCAGGGGGGACUUCCUCAUUUGGGCAUGAUCAACCAUCAUCUCCAUUUUUAGUCCUUCCUUCUCAAGAGAAUGGGGCGGGGGCUGAAACUUUCAAGCCUCCAUCAUGGUUUGAUCUUCUGCUGACCAACCCUCAUCCUGAAGCCAUGCAGAAGCCCACCCAGACUCACCUCACAAGAACAAAAAGACACACCUAUCACCUAGGAAAUUACAUGGGUUUCAGGAGCUCGGUGCCAGGCACUGGUGGCAGAGACCAAUAUAGAGUCUAUUAUCUCACAGAAGCAUAUUGGAAGUGGAUUCCUUGUGUGCCUAAGCCUGAUCUUCUCGGUCAAGAGGAGACCCACAUCUUCAUCACAAGUGCCCUUGCAAACGAAGCGGAAAUCAGGAGCCACCAUGAUCUCCACUGAUGCUACUCAUUCCAAUGAAGGACUCUCCACACUGCUCAGGUACCCUAGUUGCCCACACUGGGGACUGUAAUACCCCACGGACAAUGUCAUAAAGGGGGAAGACACUGUAUCAAAAGCAACAGGAGAUGCCAAAGAUGUGUUCUUGAACAUGAACGUUCAUGACAGUACAGCCAUAUGAAUAGUUCAUAUAUGAAGAAAAACUCACCAGGUGGUGAUUAAAAAGUACAAUCCCUAAAUGAAUACCCAAUUCCACCUGCCAAAGCAAUGUCCAAUGAUAUCACAAGGGAAUUUCCUAUAAGAAUCAAAGUACCCUUUCUAUACAGUACCAGCAAGAUGUGAGGCUCCGGGAGUGUGAAGGGUAGAGGCGGGAAGGCACUGUGUACUCUGAAGAAGAGACUAUGCGUAGAACACACUGGUGAUAGCAGAAAAGGCUACUUAAGAUGACUCAAACCCAGGCCCCGGGCCUCCAGCCCGAGUGUCCACUCUAAAGAAUAGAACUUGAGUUCAAUUAAACUAUCCCUAGCUUCUGGGUGUACCACACAGGUUUCUAGACUUUGGAGAAUGGAGACUGUCCAUUCUGGUCAGAGUAAGAAGAAAUAUGGUCAAGACCAUACACACACAAAAAUUUAAAGAACACGAGGACACGCUUAACUUUGGGAUUUGAAAUGACUGCACUGGCCUGUCAAAAUGUGUAUGUGUGUGUGUAUGUAUGAGUCCAGCAUGUCCCAUAAGCCUUGGUGAAGCUUUUCUAACUUCAGAAGUAUAAAUGCUACUAACACAAACCAUAUCGUUUCGAUGUUUAAUUACUUACUUAUCUUUCUAUUAUAUGGAGUUUUGUAAAUUUUAAGUAAUACGUCAUUUGUUUGAAUUUUUGUGUCAGUUGUUCUGAGUGAAGAACAAAGGUGGAUGGAAACAAUCACAAAUUAAAUAUUCAACGUUAAGUCAGGAUAAAAUAAGAUUCCAUUUCUGGGUUGAGGAACGUCAAAAACUUACCACAUGGGAAAAACAGAGUUAAGAUUUGCAACCAUGUGGAGGAAUCUAAAGGACAUCCUGCUAAGGCAAAUAGGCCAGACAAAGACAAAAACAGCGCCUUAUCACUUCCAUGUGAAAUCUACCAGGAAAAGUCAGACUCAUAGAAACAGAGAGGUGGUUGCCAGGGGCAGGGUUGAGGGAAAUAAGAGGCCAGUAACAGGGUACAGAUGAUACCCAACCCAAGUCUGCUGUGUGUGCCGCUCGACAGGCCAAUAAAUUCGGAGACGAGUUUUUGAGACAAGGAAUAGCAACUUUAAGCGGAAAGAUGGCUGACCGACAAGAUGGCAGACCCGUGUCUCAAAAACCCAUCUUGCCUCAGUCCCAAUUCAGGCUCUGCUUAUCCAGAGGGAAGGGGAGAGAGGGAGGGGCCCAUGGUCACUCCCUGUCGCUUGCUUGGGGGAAGGGCCCACCGCAACGCCCACCAGUGGCUGAGCAGGGCCAUAAGGACACUCCCUAACGGUUGCUCCCUGACACAGACUUCGUUAUGAAAUGAAGGUUUUGGGAUCUAAUGUACAACAUGAGCUGAUAAUACUGUGUGGUAUCAUUGAAAUCUGCUGAGGAAGUACAACUUCUAUGUAAACAGGUAAGGUGAGAAAAGGAUGAGAUUGCAGACAGAGGAGAUGCUGACGGUUUAUAUAUGUGUCUCUGGGCAACAGCCAAAUGCCUGGGAGAGGAUCAGACUUUCAAAGGCUAAGAAAUAGGUGGGUUCAAGCCAAGAUCUCCAAGAGACCUGCGGAACCAGGAAAUACCUGGCUUUCAGGUGAAAUGAUCCGAAAAUUGAUUGAGGUCUAGAAGGCCCAAGAGGCUGGAAGGAGAGAGCUGAGGGGCUGGGUGGCAGGGGAGGGGCGCUGGCCCAGCCUCCUCCCCUCCUGUCCCCUCCCCCACCCUCAAGAGCCCUUUGUGAUGUGGCUGCAGUUCUGUGGUAUGAGCCUGGGGCUCUAACUGCCAGGUCAUUCACAGGGUUCAGUUGCCUGAGGGUAACAGUGUUAUUUCCUGUGAAAGUCUUGUGAAGAGACAAAGACUCUCCGCUCUUUUGUGAAAAAUAUUUGUGCUCUUUCGUGGCGCCCCAGUCCCGAUUCCUGGGUGGAUGAAACCAUCCUCGCCUUGGUGUGUAGACUGGGGCUCUUCUUCCUACUACUCCCCUACCUCAGGAGUGAUCCGUCCUCACUACCACCUAGGACACACGGGAGCAUCAGGAAGCAACAAAUAGAGCCGCUGGGGAGGAGGAGGAGGAGGAGCAUGAGACAGAGCGCUUUGAAAGGUAAGCUUCCAUGUUCAGCCCUGUGCGCCCUGAGAGUCUGCUUCCAUCUCUCCCGGCCCUGAGGGACCAGCUCCUUGGUCUAUAAGGAUGCCAGCAGCAGGGAACAGAAUCCUCAGCAAAGGAAAGCAGGAACCAGAUCCUUUUGCAGAAUGAAGCUGUGAGGAGCCUGGGAAAGGGCCUGACCCAGCAGGGGCGUGUGGGCUGUCUUGGACCAGGAGUGCCUGGAUUGGGAGGUGGAUCCUCCAGAUUGGACUGAGAACAAGUGGUUUCACAUGGCUGGGAUUCCUCUGUGAGGUCUCCCUGCUCCCUCCCCCCCACCUCCGCACAUCCAGGGAGCUUGUGAGGGCGGCCAGGGGUAAUAGAUAUGGAAGCACUUUGCCAAUGAGAAAACUGUCUGGGAGCUUCUCCAUCACUGUCAGGAUUUGUGUGGCCUUGGACACUGGUGCUUGGGUUCCAGUCUCCCAAAAGUGUCCCUAAAGGGACCAGCCUCCUGUAAAACCCUCAUGCCCUUGCCUUCACCACCAUGACCCAGUGUCCUGAUUUCCAGCCUGCAGAGAUGGUCUGCAACAGCUGGGAUGGGUUUGGGGCCUGAUGGCACAUCUGCAAAGGUAAAGAAUCUUUCCUUUCUCUCCUGGGUUCUCCUUCCUUCCAGGGCUCAGGGUGUGACCCUAGGGCUGCAGGCAGCCUGGGGCUGACCUGGGAAGGGGAGCCAUGGCAGCAGGGUUCAGCUCAAGCCCCAAGGGGAGGGACAACAGGUGCACUGUGAAGUCAGCGUGGGGGCUGUGGGGGGUCGUGGCUGCAGGUGCCUACCCCUGCCUUGGCCCUGUCGGCUCCUGCCUAGAGCCUGUGCCUCUUGUCUCCUGCAACCACCUGCGCAGAGUCCCUGACAGGGGCCGCUUUCACUGCUAUUCACGUCCAGACCCCCUUGGCGAGGUGUGCCAGGUAGUGCCUGCUGGAGCCCAGCAGCCAUGCAGGGAGCCUGCACAAGAGGCUGUUCCUACCAUGUCCCCAUCAGCUUCCCGGGCUCCUCUGACCCAGAGCCCUCCCCCUCUGGCCUCCAUCCUGGCAGCAGACCCUCAAGACCAAUGCAACAUCAAGAGCAUCCCACAGGGUCCUGUCGCAAAGUGCUCACCUCCAGGUAACUCCUUUUGGGCAUCUACCAUCCAAGCCAUCUGGGUCUUGGCCUCGCUAGCUGUCCCAUGUCAUUCCUGUCGUGCUGGUGGGAGACCACCAAGGCCUUAUUCUUCCCCACCUCAUCCAAGCAGGAGGCCCAGCAAGAGCCCACCUCACCAGAGGCCUCCAACUGGAAAAGCCCCACAGACAGCUGCGGAGAGACGAGCAGACCCUCACUUGUCAGCCCACAUAUCCAGAGGCUGCUGGAGAUCCUUCAUCAGCAAGAGGAUAGAACUAAAGAUUCAGAAAGAGAGAGGAAAAUAUGGGUCAUUUUCAAAACAAAGGAGCUCAGACUACCCCCUGAGCUCUUUAGGGAUGAUAUGGACAUCACUGAGUGGGCAGCAGGAUGCUACAACCCCUCCAUCCUUUGGGAACAUAAAGACAAAGCAGAGCUGCUGCCCGGUCCUCAGCAGUUCUUAUACCUCGGGGUCUUGAGGGACCACUUUGAGUGCACACACAGCCAGCUCUUCUGGGGUCUCCCCUCUCUGCACAGCGAGGCAUUGGUGGCUACUGCUUUUGUCCCUUGGAGCUCUUCUCAACUACAGGCUCCCCCGUUUUAUUCUAUGGAAUCUCUAGUGGCUUUCCACAACCCACGCCACCGAGACUAUCUGAAGGUUUUUCCCAGGACUCCUUCUUGCCCUGCUCUGAGGCCCAACCCCAGCCUUUGACUCAAAACUUGCCUUAGUCCCAGGCCCUCUUCCUGGCUCAGACCCAUGCCUAGCACUUCCUCCCACUGUCUCUCUCCUGUUCAGACCACCUUCUGCUCCACCCCAGCUGGGGACCCUUGGGCUAUAUUGCCCAACAUUCCAGAAGAAGGCACUCUAUUUCACCCCAGCUGAAACGCAACCUCUGGCAUGCUCCUGGCUGCAGAAGCAACAGCUUCAAAAGAGGCUCACUGAAAAUCAAAAAGAGAGGGGCCUGUCUCUCGGGAUCCCACUGUCUCUGGAACUGAAUCCAUUUCAGUGCCCACUGGUAGACAUGCAUGCAGCACAGGGCCGACAAGGACCCAGGCAGCCCUCUAGUCUCACAGGCAGUAGUGGCCUGGACCCAUAUAAGACAAGGUCCAGGAGCACUACCAGAUCCCAGAGGAGAUGCCAAAUGACCAUCCAACUAGGCAAGGAGUUCAUCAAGGCUCUAGAGCCAUGUCUCAGUAGGGUCUCAAAAGAUCUCUCCAGGACCAGCCUCCCAGACACGUUUCUGGAAAUGAACUCUGACAUGGUGGCAGAAAGAUCCUUGCAGAGGGACUCUGCAAAGUGUUUCCCCAGGGUUCCAGAUAGAAGACAUCUAGAAAGAACCUUGAAAGUCCAUCUGAGCAAAAAGGUGCAGCAGAUUCAUAAGGGUUUGAUCCCUGUGACUGUACGGCGAUCCUGGCUUGCUUCCAACCAGUCUCUUCCUAAGUCCCACAGUCACAAGGAAAUCCGAAAUCCAGCAUCCUUGAAGUAUUGGAAGCCCUGUGUAAACACCUCCAGGCAGCUUUCCUUUCUUAGUCCUGGCAUUCGACAGAUGCUGGAAGUACAUAUUAUGAGGCUGAGGGUAAGGUACAGGUGGGGCUUUCCUACCCAGGCUUUUGAACCCAUAUAUCUCAAGCCAAGUGGGGCUCAGCCCUCACCCCUUCCAAGGUGUACCUUUUCCCCCUCAGUCACCCAGCAACCCAGGGAACACUCCAAAGCCAACGUUUCCAAGGUCUUGGGAAAACCUCAGCCCCAUCAGGGAGAGAACGUGCUAACAAGAGUGUCCGUUCCCACCCUGCUGAGUCCCCUGCCUGCCCCCUCACCUGCAGCUAGGCAAGUCCACGGCGCCCUGGGCAGGCCUCUACCUGGAGUCAGCCACGAGCCCUCAGAGGCCCCUCUGACUGGGCAGGAGAGAAGGACGCCUCCUCCCAAGCCCCCACGCAAACACAGGGGCGGAAUCCUGCCGGUGGGGAAUUUCUCAGGGCCCAGUCCAACUUCACCAAUGACCAGGAGGAAAUCCAGGGAAAGGUGUCUGGCUCAGACCUACAAAGACCUCUGCCAUAGUGCCUCGGUACUGGAGAUGGACUUAACGUCCCCAUCUUCAAUGGCCAAACAGGCCAUGGAGGCAGUGGAGGCCAUGGAGACUGGGGAGGACCCUGCUGGGGAAGUUAUCUUGGGACCCAGUGUGCUGGCCAACUCUCAAACCUCGGAGGCAGAUCUGAGAAAAUCCGGGUUUCCAGCCACUAGCACAAGCCUAUCACCGCUGACAAAGCCAAUGACCCAAGACCCAAAGGAGCCUUGACUUAAAACACAGGUGGCUAGUAAGUUUGAACGGAGAGGUCUGGUAGAGGCAAAGAAUCAGCCUCAAGGCCAUGCCACCGAUGAGGACCUUAAAGAUACUCACACAGAUGUCCUCCUCCAAGACUAUGCCACUGGCAUGCUCCUCCAGGAUGCUGUCACCACUGUGCUCCUUCAAGACUCUCACACUGAUGUGCGCCUUGCUUCAGACAUCUUGGCUUCUCAGAGCUCCCUGUCCAAUUUCCAGAGAGAAUAUGCUAGUGAAGACAGGCCAGCUUCCCAGUUACCAUACGACCCCAAAGGGAGCGAACAGAGCAGCCAAGGGCAGCAGAAAUCCACAAAACCAAAACUUAGGGACCCAUACAAUAGCCAGGGUGUGAUGCUUGCCCCAACUGAUGAGUGGAGGGGAUUUAUGAGGCUCCAACCAGAAGAGCACAAAAACUCAAAGAGCAGCCAGGGACAACAGCAACCCCCAAACCCAAAAGUGACCCAUGUAAGGGCCAGAUGGUCUCAGAUGAUGAGGAGGAGGUCUGUGAGUGGCUCCUACCAGAAGAUGACAAUGAAACAAAUGGCCAGAGAGAGAUGUUUGCCCCAGCUAAGGAGUGGCAGGGCUUCAAGAGGCCCAAGCCAAAAGCACAUAAACAAAGAAAGAGCUGGAGAGAGAGGUUUGCUCCAAAUGAUGAGCAGAGGGGACUUACAAGGCUCCAACCAGAAGAGUAUGAAGAAAAGUUUUCAGGUCUAAGGGCUUCCCAAGCCAAUGGUGUGAGCCAUCCUCCCAAGGUCAAGGAAAGAGGAGAGUCCCUUGGGAGCAAAGACCUCCCGUUCUCUCCAGGGAAGCAACAGAUUUUACUGGAAAGCUACUUCAGAAGAAGGAUGAAGCGCUUUCUGCAGUGUGUAAGUCCCCAUAAAAAAGGUAAAGGAAUGGAAACAGUCCCUCAAAAAGGCAAGCCAGUAUCACUCACUGCUCCAUGCCAGGAACCAGUGCAAGGGGGAUCUGGGGCUCCAGAAGCUGAGGUGACUGGAACUGUUAUUGGACAGAUCCUGGGAGAGCAACUGGGGCUUCGUCAAGACCUCCAGCCCUCAGAGUUAAACCAGCACACACAGCGGCUCCAGCCCCCAGCAGGGGGGCAGUCUCACUACCAGAAGGUUCACGCCUUCUUAGAACAGAAAAGACUGUUGAGAAGUCGAGUUCACAGUCGCCAAACCACCCCCAAGGACCACAGCUCUCUCAACAGUGGGGGUACCAAAGACAAGGGUGGCAAGUGGACCUCCCCACCCAAGGACCUGGGGACCCCAGGCAGACCCUGCCAGCAGGGACCAAUAGCGGCAGGUACCUCAGGCCAUCUGCACCAUCACCCGACAUGCUCUCCUCAAAAAUGUGCAUCUGCUGGUCAACCAGGGUGUGCUCCUCAAGCUUUGCCUGAUAGGAAAAUUCAGUCCAUGCUAAGGAAACCUGUUUCUCCCUCAUGGUAGCACAUCCUCUAUGUGCCAAUGGCUUAUUCCUACCAUAAUGUUCAUUGUUUCCCCAAAUAUGUUUCUUUCCCACAAGAGGUGGCGAUUUCUGUCUGUGCCUGCAGGGGGAGGGGAUGGGAUCAGGGUCCACUUUUCCCAGGUGUCUGCUUUGGCUUCCAGAAGGGACAGGGCCAUAGAGGGAGGCUGGCCCCAAGGUGGAAUGCUCGCCCCCAGUUCCCUGGUUGCACCUGAAGCUCCCCUAAUACCAGAAUUACCAAAGCAAGCGACAGCAUUCAGGACAUGGCAGGGGAACGCAACCUGGAAGACUUCCCCCCACGCUACCAUCUGGCUCAGCCAUCCUCUCCCGCUGUCUACCUUGAACUUGUGUGGCUGUAGGGGACGGGGGUGGGUGGCAGAGGCUGAAAUGCCCCUCAGGCUCCAACAAGUAUCAGAGACCAGUUCCCAUGUCAGAAUAAGGAGGGCAUUUGGGGGCAGCGCUGGGGUGCGGGCAGGGGUGGGCAGGCCUUGGUGGGCAGAGAUGACAUCCACCUGGGAAGCUUCUCCUCUGGCUGAGGGAGCUGGGGGGGAGAUGGCCCAGGAGGUCACCCUCUCUCUGCCUUUCUCAGGCUCUGGAGCAGCGGCAAGGACAAGGACCAGGCAGUCCCAUCUGUGAGGGUGCAGGGGGAGGGUGGGGACCAUUGAGGCCACUGAGGGCCUGUCCACUCCUCCUGCUCACAGGGCCCAUAUCCCCUGGGGGACAAGCAGGGCCAUGACCAUGUGUGCUGUCACCUCACCACCUGUUAGAGGACACUGUGCCCCAGGCUGGGAUGCCGGGAAGGAGGCAAGUGGAAGAGGUGCCCAGGCUGGGAUGCAGGCAAGGUGCAGUGACCAAGGAGCCUCUGGUGUCCCACCACAUCUCUGGCCCAGAGAGGAGAAGUUGGCUCUUGGUGGCCCUACCCCAGAGCCUCCCUGCUCCUCCAGCUCCCAGAGCCCAGAGGAAGGAUGCCUGUAGCUCCUUCAUGGAGGUGCGGGGGAGGCUCAUGGAGGCAGCAGAGCCUCAACAGGGCGGGUCACUUCCCCACCAUGAUCUCAUCAGCUUUCACGGCAGGGGCAGCUCCGGACAGACUCGCAAUCUGUGACCUUUACCUACAUACAUGGCCCUAGGAGGCUCCCAGGCACUUAAGAGGCCAGGGACUGUCCUAGGGUUCUAGCAAGUGUCACCUGGCAGCAGCCUUGCUCACUCCAGAGCCCCGAGGGAGAAGGGCCAGCAGACAGGACUUGUCACACAGUAGGGAGGAAGUGACCUGCAGGGCAGGAGGGCGCAUUGGGUCCCCUCCCUGACCGUGCACACGGGAAGCUGGGGGACCAGGGCAGUUCUCUAGAGCCCUCGGUGCUUUGUGUCAUGGUCACUCCCACGGUGGAGGGACCUUCUCCAGGAGGGGACCCGAUCCAGGUGAUAGCAGGAAGGGCCCUGCCCCAUGCCUGUCAGGACCCAACAUGUGGGCCCAGGACCCACGGAGGAGGGGGGAGCAGGCACAGGUUUCUUCCUGGAGCCAGGUCCUGCCUCAGGGCCCCAUCCUCCAGGGUGGACACAGCAGUGAUAGCGCAGUCAGGACCAGGGAAGGGACCAGGACCCAGAGCAGAGCACACCCUCGGGAGCUCAGGAGAGGGUGGCCCAGAGCGGGACCUGAGACUGGCCACUGCUGUGUCCUCUCAGGGGCACUGAGAGGUGGGGCUGGGGGUGGGGGGAGCUGGCUCCUGUCAGAAAUGACACAGAUGGCGACACUGAGAGAACAGCAAGAAACAAGAAGGGGCAAGUCUCUCUGCCCUUCUCCUGCCAUAAGAUCCGAAGGCCAGCAAUGGGAAGCCCGCCACCAAGAGUCCCACACAGAGACCCCUUGAGACCUGCACAGAGACCUCUCAGAGAUCAUAUAGAGAGACCUCCACAGAGACCCCUGACAGACCCCCACAGAGAGCUCAUGGAGAAGAUACACAGACUUCACCCAGAGACCUCUGAGAGACCCUCACUGAGACCUGUCAGAGAUGAUACAGACUUCACACAGAGAAACCUCCCCCAGGAACCUCAUACAGAGCCCACUCUCAGGGAAGAGAAAUCUCCGAGACCCGCACACAGAUCCAUGAGGUCCACACAGAGGCACCCAGUGCUCCACCAAGAGCACAGAGGGACCUCAAACCAAAGCCUGAGCCAGCCACCCAGAGACAGACCCUGAGCAGAUCCCAAGCCACACAGCAAACUGACAGUGAAGGAGGCUGACACCAGUGGACCCCACACACCAAGAAAAUUCUUGUGUAUUUGUUAAUUACUUC